ACAUUUGAUUGAGAUGCUUCAGGUUAGUGGUAGGGUUCUUAUAGUACGUAGAGUAGGAUGGAAUGUUCUAAAAUGACAUUAUUUGAGAAAAUAUUCCAAAUGUGUUAUGCACCUGUGGACAGGAUUAAUCUCAGCUGUCAUGAGCUUCACAAUAAUUGUACAAUCAUCUGGGAAUCAAGGCAGGAAGUAUGUUAGUUAUUUCCAGCAAGGAUAUUAUGAUAGAUUAUGCAGGUAAUUGUGAAAGUGGUCCAUAAUGUCCAGAUAUCCUUAUCUCUGGGAAGAAUUAAAUAGGACUAUCAGUAUAUAAAUGUGCACUGCUUAUUCACUAGACUGCAUUGGGUUGCUCUAAUUGUUGGCAAAUUACUUGAUAUUUUCUCAGUGCACUGAAUAAACAAUAUAAAAUACACAUAAAUGAGUGUGGUUAGGUCAGGUGGUGGUUAUGGUUAAGCGAUAACAUAAGGCUGCAGAUUCAGUUCUCUGGAGACUGGUGACUCAUGAUCCUGAAAGGUGCACAGCGCUGAUCAUUGUGCUUGUACAAUGCAUAAACUCAGGCUGCUUCAAGUGGACUGCCCAGUUUACUACAAGUCAAUUUGGAUUAUAAAAGCAUCAGCUACAUGGCAAGAGCUAUUAUUUAUCCACAUUUGCAGAUGUCGAAUGUGGGGGUAGUGUCUGCAGUCACUGUUCACCGGUGCACGCGCGCUGUGUCGGACUCUCGCUGGAAGUUUGAGCGUCUCGAGCGCUCCACGGAAUUACCAGCAGCAGCACGAGCGAGUUAAGCAGCGCGGGGAAGCGAGCGGAUUGUCCACCAUCUCACUGGGAACAUAAACAUGGCACUGAACAGGUCGCCCUCUGCCACGGAAAACUGGAAUGGGGCUCCCGAGCGCAUGCGCGUUACCGCCACGAGAAGCGAAUCCUUUUCAUUGCAAAGCGAGAAACUCCGCUGUCUUGCCCGUGAUAUCUCUGAAUUGGGUCAGCAGGGCACCCCGAGUAGCGGGCACCACGAUGCCAACGACAUUGCCGAGGACACGGAUGAGCCCGGGCCCGGUCCAGGAGGAGGGUUGUGUUUUGCAGACGGCCGUAGAAGAGUGGACUAUGUUCUUGUUUAUCACUGCAAGAGACGUCAGUUACAACACCGCCUCUCUGUAGUCUCUAAUGGUAAUGUGCCAUCCCAAAGCCCCACCCCCUCACGUAGGAGUACUAAGGGCGAUAUUUCAGAGGCGGUGCUGGAGUUGGGGCUCGGAACGGAACCUGUUGACGGACUGAAAGAUAAAAUCAGGGAGGAAUUUGAGAGAGGACUUCAGGAGGAAGGCUUGGAGAUUGAACGUGACAAAGAGAUGAGGACAGUCCGGUUUACCCGUCUGCAUGUUCCCUGGUCUGUUCUCAGUCGUGAGGCAGAACUUCUUAAGAUCAGAGUGCCCACUAAAAAGACGUAUCAGCUGAAAGAGAAGACGGGGCUGGUGGGCAUAAUAAGCUCAUUUUGGGCCAAGAUCAAUCAACCGUUCCAGCCGGGCGUACCGGAGCCCCAUAACCCACGCACACGUGUCCUAUCCCAGCCGUUCAGCAGAGACAAGCUACAUCUAUUUGAUAUAAAAUCAAAAAACAGCUUGUUCAGCAAUGCAAUACGAGGUCGAAUUGUUUAUGAAAUUCUGAGGCGCACAGCCUGUACACAGACCUGUCAAACUAUGGGCAUUUCGUCAUUGUUAGCUAAAGGGGUCUAUGACUCUGCCUUCCCUCUGCAUGAUGGAGACUUUGACAGCUCAGAAGAUAGAGAGCAUUGCAACGACAGACAGAUGUUGCAUGAAGAAUGGGCCAAUUAUGGAGUUUUCUUCAAAUACCAACCAAUGGACCUUAUCAGGAAAUACUUUGGAGAGAAGAUAGGUCUGUAUUUUGCCUGGUUGGGAGUGUACACACAACUGCUGAUUCCAGCCUCGGCUUUAGGAGUCGCAGUAUUUCUGUACGGCUGCCUCACCGUAGACACCAAUGUGCCCAGUCAAGAAAUGUGUGAUGAGCAUCUUAAUUUCACCAUGUGUCCUCUUUGUGAUCGUGUGUGUGAUUACUGGCAGCUGAGCAGUAUCUGCAGUACGGCGCGUGCCAGUUAUCUGUUUGACAACCAUGCCACUGUGGGCUUCGCCAUCUUUAUGUCCCUCUGGGCGGCAGUGUUCCUGGAACACUGGAAGAGGAGACAACGAUGUCUACAGCACAGCUGGGAUCUGACAGGCAUGGAGGUCGAGGAGAAUGAGCUGCGGCCAGCAUAUGAGGACUUUCUUCAUAAGAAACAGCAGAAGAAGGCAAAGAAUAAGAAGAAGGAAGAGCCGGACGCAGGAACAGAUGACAAAGGCAGAGAGAAGCUACUGUCUGCUAAAGGAGGACAGCUACCGCUUGUCUCAGAGUCUCUAUCAUGGACAGAUCGGCUGCCAGGAUACUGCAUCAACAUAUCCUCUAUCCUCCUUAUGGUUGGGGUCACAUUCUCUGCCGUGUCUGGAGUGAUUCUCUACCGAAUCAUUGUUUUUGCUGUUAUGUCAAUGAACCCCGACCAUGAGGCCAAGGCCAACGUGCGUGUUACCGUGACAACCACUGCUGUCAUCAUCAACCUGCUGGUGGUUCUUGUACUGGAUGAGAUCUAUGGAGCUAUAGCGGCCUGGAUUACAGAGCUCGAGAUUCCAAAGACUGAAUCGACAUUUGAGGAGCAUGUGAUUCUGAAAGCUUUUCUGCUGAAGAGCAUGAAUUCAUUUGCACCUGUGUUCUAUGUGGCCUUCUUUAAGGGCAGGUUUGCUGGUCGCCCGGGUGACUACGUUUAUGUCUUUAAGGAUUUCCGUAUGGAAGAGUGUUCUCCAGGUGGUUGUCUUAUUGAAGUGUGUAUUCAGCUGGGCAUCAUUAUGCUGGGGAAGCAGCUGAUUCAGAAUAAUGUGUUUGAAAUUGCCAUCCCGAAGCUGAAGAAGAUGUAUCGCGCAUAUAAGGAGGAGAAAGAAGGAGCGGAAGAUGAGGACGACAAAGAUUCCAAACGAGAACCACAGCGUUGGGAUUUGGACUACGAUCUGGAGCCAUACGAGGGUCUAAGCCCAGAAUACAUGGAGAUGGUUAUUCAGUAUGGAUUUGUCACGCUCUUUGUGGCUUCCUUCCCGUUGGCACCAGUCUUUGCUCUGCUUAAUAACGUCAUUGAAAUCCGCCUUGAUGCGGCGAAAUUUGUCACUGAAAUACGCCGACCUGACGCUGUCAGUGCUAAAGAGAUUGGCAUAUGGUACAACAUCUUGAGUGGAAUCAGCAAGUUUGCAGUCAUUACAAAUGCAUUUGUGAUCUCCUUUACAUCAGAGUUUAUUCCUCGAAUGGUGUAUCAGUAUUUGUACAGUCAGACAGGAACCAUGCAUGGCUUUACCAACCAUACACUGGCUUAUUUUGACACAAGCAAUUUUAAACCUGGUACUGCGCCGCAUGACACCGACUUUGACAGACAACUCCGUAUUUGCAGGUACAAAGACUAUCGAGAUCCCCCGUGGUCACCAGAGUCUUACCAGCUCUCUAAGCAAUACUGGUCUGUGCUUGCUGCACGUUUGGCAUUUGUCAUUUUUUUCCAGAAUUUGGCUAUGUUCCUCAGUAUGCUGGUGGCAUGGUUGAUCCCAAAUGUUCCUCGUUCUCUGAAGGAGCAGCUGAAGAGAGAGAAAGCACUCCUGUUAGAUCUUUUACUCACAGAAGAGACGGGCAAGCAGUGCACCAAUUCACACCUAUUGACCACAACCAACAUUGAUGUAGUUGUCAAAAGUUUGGAGGAACUGCCAGAGGAGCCACCUGUCUGCAGUAGGGUAGUGCUGAGCCAAUCAGAAGAAGUGCUAAAAGAACUUUGGGUAUCCAACGGAGAGGAGGAAGAGCCUGAGGAACAACCAGAAGAGGAACCUAUAGCAUCCACCAGUGAUCUUCUCGAUGAUAAACCUCGACCUUCUACCUGUGAGACUCUCAAUACAACUGCAGAGUCCCUGUCAGAUAUACCCUGUCAUGUUGAAUCACCCACCACACCUUCAACACCUGUGGAUCUUGGCUCAGAUUGUUCAAACCAAUCUGUUAAUUUGGUCAAAACAGGCUCACUAUCCCGUUAUCGGCAGUUUGAUCUGAAUGGACCUCCACAUCAAGACUCCAGUUCCAAGGCUAGGAGCCGUUGCCGAACCCUUCCACCAAGGCACAGAGGACCUGAGCCUGAGGAAGGUGCAACCAGACCCAGCCAAUCUACCACAUUCAUACACCUCGACCAAAAGAUUCCUCCUCCUCCUAUCGAGCUCACACGGAAUGUCCCUAGAGCACUGUCUACAACCAAGCCUUCUGGAAACCAGAUGUCUGUGUUGUCCAAAAUGGAUUCUACUGGAAUUGAGUUGGCAGAACUGCCUCAGCCACCUUCAAAAACAGAGCUCAUGAGCAGCAAUUCGACAGCACUUCCUGACCCACCAUCCAGACCAGAACUUGCAGGAGGCCUUUCGACAGCCUUGCCACGUCCUCCUUCCAAACCAGAGCUUGUGGGUAACCAGUCAACAGGAUUACCACGGCCUCCCUCCAAACCAGAGCUGAUGGGAAGUGCAAUGAAAGGGCUUCCACCUCGUGAUCCAGGCACCAAAGCCAAGGGCCGAUGUCAGACUCUUCCUCCGAGGCAAAGAGGCUCCAAGACUGCCAGGGAGACAUCACUCAGACCUAGUCACUCGACCACAUUCACACACCUCAGUCAACAGAUGCCACCUUCACCCAGUGAGCUCAAAAAUAACACCCCUGUAUGAGUGUAUUGAGACAAAGUGGAGCAACACUACACAUCUUUAGCACCUUGCAUCUGGUGACCACUCUCAGUGCCAGUCAACCCAUGCCAUUAGCAACUCAUUUGUGACUCAUCAAUUUCUCAUUGAAGACUGACAAUCAUCAUUGGUAAUUCUGGAGGUAGACCAACUGUUGAUGGCUUGGUGGAUGUUCUCUUGGUUGCUAACCCAGUCAGCACAACAUCUCAAACUUGAUUGGAGGACCGAGUGCAGCCAAGGACAGCUUGUGCAUACUGGGUACUUUGGAAUUCUUCUGGAGCCAUAUGACAUGGCUCAGUGACUCUUAAACAUUGUCUUAUACUGUGACUUGCCAUUUUCUGUUUCACAUUCAGAUACCUGAACAGACACAUCCACACACACACACACACACACACACACACACACACACACACACCAAAUCUUAUUACCCUGACCUCUUGAACCAGAACAGGUGAGGAGAGAGAGGCUUAGGAUUAUGGGCCAAAGGGCUUUGCAGUCCAUAAUGAUUUGUUACUCAGCAAGUGGAACCUUCAUUUUGUGGUGUUGUUCUCAUGAGUUUUGUUCCAUGUACUUAAAAAAAGAAUAACUAAAUGUGAACCUAUUAACACAAUACUCCACCUUCAAAAUGAGCCAAAUUUUUUGUGGAAUUGUCUAUUUGUCUUUGGUGGCAAUAUACAUCUAUAGUGUCUCAUCCAUAUGACAAGUUAGCAUGUGUAAGUUGGCAGUUAGCAAGAUCUUUAUAUGUAUGUUCUUCAUAAUGUGAUGUUGAAGUGGAUUCAUGGACAUGCAAAGCCAAUAAUUUAUUGAUAAGUGAACAUUUGUUGAAUCUCACUCACAAAAAUAAAUAAAUAAAUAAAUAAAUAGCUACACUGUAGUAUUUAACAUAAAUUCUAUUUACCACUAUGCUAGCACAGCUCAAGCACAUGAAAAGCAUGCUAUAUUCACUGUGAAGACGUUUUCAGGGAUCAUGAUUUAGACCCAAUCAGAAUCAUCACUUCUAAAUUACCACCAUCCCUACUAAUGGGGGACAAAAGGUAUGAAUAGACUGGCAGUGUAUACACUGUUUACAUUUACUGUUUGUGUCAGUGGAUCCACUAAGUUAUCGUACGGUGUACAGAAUACAGAACUCACUCCUGCUACCAAGUCGUGAUGGCUGACAUGGUGAUAAACAUGGCAACAUUUUGGUUUAACCCAUUUAGUGUUAGCUAUUUUUGACCAAACUAAUAUUAAAGACCUGAGAUGUAUUAGUGUUUGCUGAAUUUUGGUAAACUUCUGUCGUCACUUUCAUUUAUUGGUGAACUGUUCUUUUAAGCACUCAGAAGAGGAUUGACAACCAUAUUUACCAGCACUGUGUACAUGGCCACUGUGUAUUCAUCUCUAUAUUAAGUGGCAGAUGUGUUCGAUAUGCAUUGUGCUACCAGGAAUCAGUUAGCUAAUAACAGUUACAAACCAGCAUUCACAUAUAACGUUCACUUCAAUGUUAUUUCUAGAGGUCUUGAGAAACUCGGACAAUAUUUUGAUAAUAUAAUGAAAAAUAUGAAAACUGUUUAUAAUAAAAAGUGGAAAGCGA